AUGUCGGAUCGAAGUCGUAAUAGAAACUAUCGAAAUUGGACAACUAUUGAAGAUGCCAAGCUUGUGGAGGCCUUGGUUAACAUGGUUAAUACUGGGGGAUUUAAAGCUGAUAACGGCUUUAAAUGUGGAUAUUUACAGUAUCUAGAAAAGGUAUUAAAAGAAUCAAUUCCUGAUUCUGGUAUAUUGGGUAAACCGCAUAUUGAAWCAAGAAUUAAAACAAUGAAAAAGGAUUGGCAAGUGGUCCAUGACAUGGUGAAUGGGACAAAUACGAGUGGGUUUGGUUAUGAUUGUUUGAAACAAUGUGUAAUUGCCGAARCACCAGUUUGGGAGUCUUACCUGAAGGUACAUAAGGAGGCGGCAAAAUGGAAAAACAAGAUAUUUCCACAUUUUGAAGACCUGUCUACUGUUUUUGGAAAAGAUAGAGCUCAAGGAAGUAGAGUCAGGGAUGUUGUUGAGAUGGAGGAGCAAGUGAAUCUAGAAGAACAAGAACAACAAUCAGAGGAUACUGAAAGUAGCCAUAAUGUAUAUAAUGCUACAGAUAUGCGAAGUGAAGAAGGUUCAAGUCGAGGUAGUAAGAAGAAGAAAACCCGAGUUGAGACUCUUGUUGACGGAAUGCAUAGUGCAGCUUUUUUACUUGGGGAAAAWUUUGAAAAUGCAUCGAAGAAUAUGGUAGAUAUGGAAAUGGAGAUACGAAACAAGACUUCCAUGGUGAAUUCUGAACUUUCAAAAAUGCAAUCACUUUCUAGAGUGGAGAGGUUCAUAGCAGUAAAGAAGAUAACAAGCGAGCCUGAUAACGUGUUAAUUUUUUGGAGUUUGGAAGAAACGGAGCGAGAGGAGUGGGUGAGGUUUGUGUUGGAAGGUUGA